UGAGCUUCACACCAUGUACACAUACUGCUGCCUGGCGCCUGGGCAGGACGUCUGGCCUCUGCUGCAGCACCUCACCUACACCUACCUGCCCGCCCCUCCGCUGCUGCCCCCCAUUCAGGCCCACAACUUCUGCAGCCGGCCCCCGAGCCUGAGCGCGGGCGAGGGGACGGCUCCGCGGGAAUACCACUGCUUCCACGCCACGGGCGCGACGCUAGUGGUCACGCCGCCCUUGUGGGCCUUCCCGCAGGCCUACGCCGCGGCCCUGCAACCGCCGUUCCCAGCGCCCAGCUACCCAGGGCCGUCACUGCAGGAGCCCGCAGCUGCGGGGCCGGCGGCGGUCGAGAACGGGAUGCAGUGGCCGGAAGGCGGCAGCCUGCAAGCUGAGCUGCGAUGGGGCCGCGUGGAGCGUGCGCUCGGGCCGCGCCUCGAGCUGCCGGACUUCGUGCGCCGGGAGCUGCGGCGAGCGUACGGCACGUACCCACGCACAGACGUGCGCGUCACCUAUCGCGGCGGCGAGUUCCUGCUGCAGGGCGCGCCGCGCGUGCGCGAGACCGAGUACCGUAUGGAGAGGCGAGUGCUGCGCCGGCCAGCCAGCAGCUGCAGCGGUGACAGCAGCCCCGCGGGGGAAGCGGCGGAGCGCGGCCGCCGGAAGAAGAGGAAAGACUUGAGCUGAGGGCGCCGCGAGGCCCGGCGGCCGGCCAGGGUUAUUGCUGGAUGGCGGGGCAAGGGCGAGAAUGGAUCAAGGACAUCUCUGGGUGGGUGUCCUAUUACUCCUUCCUUCUACUUGGGCUUGGGAAGCCUGAGUGUGUGGUGGAAGGAGGGCCUGAACCCUUUGUUUCCUCUCUCCUUCCUCCCCAUCUUCUUCCCCUUUGAAGCCUGCCCUGCAAUAAGCCCCCACUUUCGCUUUUUCCUGUCCUCCCUCCAGCAAAGCGCUCCAAACUCCCCAAGUUGAGGGCCCACCUAUCCCCAGCUUGUAAGAAAAGUAAAUAAAUGAGUGAAGUCAAGUGUAGGCUUCAAGAUCAUUUUUAUGCUUGGGGAUGGGGGUUUUUCUUCAUCUGUGUAAUGUGAGCCUUACUUUCCAUCUUGGGGUACAAGGUGUUGGAGGUGAGUAUUAGAGUGGACCUCUGGAAAAAG